CAUACACACACACACACAUCCUCCGCUGGAAUAACGGCUGCUGAGGAUGUGAGCGGCUUUCGGCCUCGACACCGGCCAAAGCUUCCGUUUUCCCAUGACAAACCAAUGCGAGAAGAGAGCGAGCGAGCGCGCGACUGAACGGUACAGGGCAGCGGAGAGAUCCUCGCCAUUAUUAUGAGAAAAGAGGACGGGGUUGUCGGAGCCGUAUUUGUUUUGCUCGCGGAGAUGAGGCGGGGGGUAGCGAGUCGCUACAGAAUCGUUGGGCUCCGGCCAAGCAUUACUCCGUUUUAGCACAGAUACAUACCGCCGUGCUUGCGUUUAAGUCGUCAACAGACGCGUUUGUUCGUUACGGAUUGCAUCGCAGAAAAAUAAUGCAGCUGUCUCGAGGACAUCUGUGAGAUUUGCGGACUGCUGUUGCCGCUGCCAUGACAGACGCAGGCUUUACCGAGCAGGCGGAGUGAGAGAAGCUCGGCCCCAGCUGCAGCAGCACGGCCGAUGAGGGCUGCGCUUACCGGGGGACAUUAAAUCUGUAAAUACUGUUCGCGUUAUUCCUCUUUAAUCGUUUGCAAUCUCAGGGAAAAUGUCCUCUCGAUCUGCUUUACCGUCUGCGAACGACCGGAGCACAGACCAUCAUGCGUCUCUGGUGGCGAGUCGUUCAGAGAAGGGGACGAAUGUGUCGAGUCGCUCACUGGGUGCGAGAUGUCGUAACUCCAUGGCGUCUUACUCAGAUGAGCUACCACACAUCGGAAACUACCGGCUCCUUAAAACCAUCGGCAAGGGCAACUUUGCUAAAGUCAAACUGGCCCGCCACAUCCUCACAGGCAAAGAGGUUGCAAUAAAGAUUAUUGACAAGACUCAGUUGAACCCAACCAGCCUACAAAAGCUGUUUAGAGAGGUGCGGAUCAUGAAGACCCUGCAUCACCCAAACAUUGUGCAACUCUUUGAGGUUAUCGAAACAGAGAAGACGCUUUAUCUUGUGAUGGAAUAUGCAAGUGGAGGUGAGGUGUUUGAUUAUCUGGUGUCUCAUGGGAGAAUGAAAGAAAUAGAGGCUAGAGCCAAAUUCAGACAGAUUGUGUCAGCCGUUCACUACUGUCAUCAGAAGAAUAUAGUUCACAGAGAUCUGAAGGCAGAGAAUUUGCUGUUGGAUGCAGAUUCCAACAUAAAGAUAGCAGACUUUGGCUUUAGUAAUGAGUUUACAUUGGGGAAUAAGUUGGACACUUUCUGCGGUUCCCCGCCUUACGCUGCUCCAGAGCUGUUCCAAGGCAAAAAGUACGACGGGCCAGAGGUAGACAUCUGGAGCCUAGGGGUCAUCCUGUACACGCUGGUCAGCGGAUCUCUUCCUUUUGAUGGACAGAACCUCAAGGAGCUGCGUGAGCGAGUGUUGAGGGGGAAGUACCGUGUGCCCUUCUACAUGUCCACAGACUGUGAGGGGAUUCUGCGCAGGUUUCUUGUGCUCAAUCCCAGCAAACGUUGCACUCUAGAGCAAGUGAUGAAGGAUAAAUGGAUGAAUGCAGGGCAUGAUGGCGAUGAGUUAAAGCCACACAUUGAGCCGACUGAAGACUACAGUGACGCCAACCGCAUUGAGAUUAUGGUCGGGAUGGGUUUCACUACAGAGGAGAUUAAGGACUCUUUACUCAAUCAGAAAUAUAAUGAAGUCACAGCGACAUAUCUACUGUUGGGCCUGAAGACUGAGGAUGGUGCUGAGUCACGAGUUAGCGGCAGUAUGACAUUGCCGCGGGUGCGUCCGAGCCCAAUUACCAAUGGAACCAACAAACACUCCUCCUCUUCAUCAUCUUCCUCAUCCUCACACAGCAAGACUCAGCGCAGCGCGUCUACCUACCACCGCCAGCGGCGGCACAGUGACUUCUUUUGCUCUGCAGGCGGUCCCAGCAUGCCUGUGAUGCACCCUAAGCGUAGCCCGACUAGCGGCGGAGAUCGUGAGCUUCGUGAGAGCCGCAUGCCGCCGAGGAAGGCCAGCUGUAGCGUUAUGGGCAGUCGGACUCUGCCACCAUCAAGUCCAAUGGUCAGCACCGCCAACAACCCCAACAAGGCUGAGAUACCCGAUCGACGCAAGGAGAUGACAGCCACCACUAACAAUAUCCCAGGAAGCACUAUGACCCGCAGAAACACAUAUGUAUGUACGGAUCGUUCCAGCACUGACCGACACUCUCUGCUGCAGAACGGCAAAGACAACAGCUCUCUGUCCCACCGCCUGCCCCCCACCUCUCCCUCCACCCUCAGUAUUGUGGGAGCAGGAGCCUCCUCCUCCUCGUCCUCAGGCGAGCGAUGUCGGCUGACCCGUGGAUCCACCAUCCGGAGCACCUUCCAUGGGGGUCAGCUCCGUGACCGCGUACCGCCCACCUAUGGACCUCCGCCCACAUCGCCAACCCUCAGCCAUGACGCCGGAGCCCUGCCGGCCAAUGCCCGCAGCCGGGCCACUUCUAAUCUGUUCAGCAAACUCACCUCCAAACUCACACGCAGGGUCUCAAAUGAAUCUGAGGGAGUCAGCAGAUCUUCGGUCACAGGUGGCCAUUUAUCUGGGGAUCAGAAAGCGUCCGAGCCCUGGGGCGGGGGAGGGGGGUGGGAUGUAAGGGCUCGUCUCUCCCGUCCCCCUCGGGCCCCUGCAGAAGUGGUACUGGCCUUGCGUGAGGCAGCGAGGGGAUGCGGCUGCCAGGUCCGGCACGCUGGCCCGUUUCUGCUGUGCUGCAGUCAUGGGGCGGCAGGGUCAAAGGUCGCAUUCCAAGCGGAGGUGUGCCAAUUGAGUGUGGGUCCCGCAGAGGCAAACGGAGUACGCUAUACACGCCUGUGGGGGGCCCCGCUCGCCUUCAGGCAUAUUGCAUCACAGAUCUCAAAAGAGGUAGAGCUUUGAGGGGACGGGGAGGACACGUGACUCAGAGACGUCCCCUCACUAUAUCCCGACUGACCUAUGUGUUACAGACUUAAAUCACAUCUGAUCCCUCCUCCAGUCAACACUCUACACACACCAAACCAAACACGCGUAAACACAGUCACCUUAAAAGCACGGGACACUCAACCCUGACAGAAGGAUACCUUAAAGUACAAAAACAAGCACACCCCUUCCAUGCACAGCAUAAGCCUGAGUGCUUCUUAACACGGAUACACGCACACACACACACAUACACACUCUCUCUGAACAGCCUCAUUCACUGGAUCUGGAUUGAAUCCAGUUUAGUAUUUUUAUUCUCAUUCUAGUCAUGAAAUUCUUACUUCAAUAAUUGAUGUCAUUCUUUUUUUUAAGCCACUUUUGUAUGUUUUCAACAAGUCUUGACAUUUUAAACGGGUCAUCAUUUUUAUUUUUUGUGAUUUACUGUGUCUUACAUUUCUUAAUACCGAGUCAAAGCGUUGAAUCAUUGACAAUGUAGGACUGUAGCUGCCAAUGAACUAUAUGCACAAAUGUGAAGUUGGCAAACUUUAUCCUAACUUUAUCAUAGCCCUCCCAAAUCUACAUCACACUCGCUGGCGAUCGCAAAUUUGAUCAGGCUGCAAGCCAACCAUCUACACUUGGGUCUUGGGAUUGUCCAAGCUAAAUUUUCUUUCCUAGAAGAUCCAUUUUUCUGAUGUGUAGUGCCAGUUUAAUUGCGACCGGUUUUGAUUUAGAAGAGACAUUUAAUGCCAAAUGAUUUGUCCUGGCCCUUCUCAAACAGGCUUGUUGGUUGUUGAUGUUACUUUUUUAUUUCAACUCCUGUUAAGUGACCCUUUGUCAGUUGAGUCCACUCUCCAUUUACAGUCAGAGUGGUGUUGAGGGUACAUAAAAAGAUGGUUUUAGUGUUCAGUGGUAUUAAAGACACACGUCUUGCAUUGUAGAUAUCUGAAUAACUUUCUGUCUGGAUAAAACGUUUUCUAUUGGAUGUUAACAUUCAAGAUAUUCAACCAGCAAGCAUUUUUUGUUUUUAAAAGAUGUCUAAUAGAUGUUUAAUAGACGUCUAAAUAUGGUAAUCUUGGCUAAAACAAGAAUAAAUUUGUGCUGUCAGUUAGAAUUUAAUAUACAUCUAAGAGUAGCCCAAAAUAGGGCGGUGUGCGAUUUUGGGGAAAAUAUCUAAUUACGAUGAUUUAUUUAUUUUUGUUAUUAAAAUAAAUAUAAAAAAAAACUGUAUUUAUUACAGUUAUUAUAAUUUAUUAUGAUUUAAUUCAAGUUCUGCUCAAUAAUCUGUAAGCCGUGGCAAAAAUUCUGCGACUGCUCAUAAAAAUGACCUGUUUUUGUUCGGUGUCUGUGACUUUAAAACCAAAAUAUUUCCAUAUUAGAAAUGCUGUUUUUCUUUGAUAAUAAUUGGUCUAUUGACAUUUCUGAAGCAGCAAAUUCCAUAAUCUUACUUGUCCAUGCUUUCCUGUUUGUUUUCUUUUUUUUAUUAUGGGCUAUGGACUAUUUAUUUAUUAUUUUUUAGUUCAGUUGCGCAAUUCUGAUUGGGCCGAACAAAAGUGUGCUCACUCAAUUGGCUAGUUAUAAAGCCCCAGUCAGAAAACACAAUUUUGGCACGAUUUGCAUGAUUUAGGGGGUCGUGGGGAGUCAUAAAUGACAAGGGGACGUCGUGACGCAACAUUCAAUCGUUUCUUCUAGUGUAAUGUGGCAUAGACAACAGAUAACACGUCUGCGAUGCCUCAUGACACCAUCGCAGAAAGUCUAGCAUGUUUAAUUUUUUUGAAGCAUAGCAGACUGGUUUUGAAGCACUUCACCUCAGAUGUUAUUCGUUAUUUUUGUUUACAUAUGGACAUAUCUAUUUUAUAUUGCAGCCUUCUGCGAUUAACUAAACGUAACAUUUCAAUUUGCGAUUGCGAUUUGAUUUAGAUUAAUUGCACAGCCCUAGCCCAAAACUAGACUAGUCAUCAAAUAAACAGAAAUUAAUAUGAUUUAUUGAUUGAUUUUUCUAUUUGACAACUUUAACAGAAAUAUUCAAACAAGUCCAGUUAGACAUACAUAUUUAAAACGGCAGAGGAUAAAAUACACAAAUCGUGGUUUCCAUCGUGGUCCUCGAUAUUCUUAAAAAAUGAACGAGCAAAUCAUAAAUGGAGCACAAACAUCAUCAGCUCAGCAACUCAGCACAACAAAAAUUCUCAACUUCAACCGUAAAACAACCAUUUUUUUAAUUUCCCUUUUAAAAACACUUUAAAAUUGAAUCUUAUUUAAACUCCUAGGCAGCACAAUCCAAGCAACAGAGCUAGAACACAAAAAAGAAUUUCUAACUGUUCAAUUUUAAAUCUACAAGGAGAAAUAUAUCCCUGCUGUUAGCUCUUGUAGAAUGACAGUGUACCUCAAUAACUAACCUCACUAACUAAAACAUAAUCAAGAGAAUAUUUGGUACCAUUAUCUGUAAAAUCUUAAAAGUUACCUUUUUUUCAACUUUUAAAAAGUUAUUUUUACUAUAAUGUUCAUUAUUUAAAUGUGUUACUUUCAUAACAAAUCUACACAACUUAUUUUGGGCCGUCUGCAAUUAAUUUAUAAUUUUUCAGAACUGCUGCUGUAUAUAUUGAUAUAUAUCUAUAUAUUUUCUUUCUGUCAUAGAAUUUUUAUUCUUGCAAAUAGCAUUUUACAACAACCCACAAAACAAUCCCCAAAUAAAACAAUAAACAUCUGAAAAAAAAUGAUAAUAAUAAAAUUCAAAUAAUAAUAAUAAAUACAAAUACAGAAAAAAAUAAUAACAAACAAUAUACAUACAUGUAUACCUUUACUCAAUCCACAUCUAAGGGUUUUAGGUGAUUAAAAAUGCAAUAAAUUGUUGCCACUUUUCGAAUAACUGUUCUCCCCUAACUUUGAUCUUGUAUUUAAUUAUCUCAAGUCUUAAAAAGAAGACCAAAUCUUUGAGCCUCAAAGAAAUAGAGGAAGAUUGUGGGGAGGUCCAAGACAACAGUAUUCUGCUCCUAGCGAGAAGAGAUGCAAAAGCCACAAUGUCAGCGGGUCUCCGGUUUAAAGGUUGACACUGAGAGUGAACACCAAAGAUAGCGAUUAAAUGGCAAACAGCCAACUUGACCCCCAGAGUAUCGGAAACAAUUUUAAGGAAAGUAAUCCAAAAGGAUAAAAUACAAACAUAUGACUAAAGUUUAAUGGUGAACGUUUACAUUUAUCACAUACUGUUUAUCUGGAACAUUGGGAUUUAUUUUAGAUAGUUUGGCCUUUGAGAGAUGAGCUCUGUGAAUCAUUUUAAAUUGGAUAAAACUGAGUCUAGCGCACGAAGUGGAGGUGCGCACAUUGUCUAAUACUGUCUAAUAAUGCUUGCACUAGCCAAUAUUUUUAAAGUUUGGGUAUCUAAGACCUCUGCCUGUCUUGCUAAAAACCUAAUUUUAGAAUACAUUUUUGAAUGGACUAUACCAGCCGUCUUCUCACCUGUCAAAUUACUAUCUAAAAUGGAACCUAUCUAGAAUGACUACACAUAUAAAGUCUGUCUAAUCUGUCUAUUUGAAGACUAGUGUAGUUUUGGGCUAUUCUUAGUUGUCUAUUAGAUAUUCACUGACAGUGCAAGUUUAGCCUUGUUUUAGCCAAGCUGUCGACGUCUAUGUAGAUGUCUAAUAGAUGUCUAUUAGACGUCUAUUAAACACGAAAUUGUUUGCUGGGAAGUAUAUUAGAAAACUAGAAAAACAUUCUCUACACACUGUCAAAAAUAUCUAAUAACUGGUGUAGACAUUGGUCAUUUUCUGCCAGGACAUUUCUGAAAACCCUAGAACACAACACAGUGCAAUAUUCAAGUAAAACACCUGUAAAAAUUAAUUUUUUAUACAUAUAUACAUUAUAUUGUGUCCUAUUUGUACAAAUUUUAUUUAAAAUGCCUCAAGUAUUACAAAAUGAAUAGAAAACUAAUAAUCAAACACAGAAUUUGUUUGUAUUGCAAAAGAUUUUGUGGCUUUCCAGCAUUGUCAUAGAGUCACACGUCAGCUUUUCCAUUAAAAUUAUAAAGGAAAUACAAGACUAAACGUGUACCUUUACCUUAACCAAUCAGAUUUUCACUUAAAAAUGACCAGAUAUCUAAAAUGCAGGACAUUUUCACACAGGAGUGCAGGUUCAGUUCUACUGUUGUAAUUUGUUUUUGGGCAAAUGCACCAACAGGGCUUUGAAAAAGAGUUUUUUUGGAUUGAAAGUCAUCGGCAAUGUUGUCACGUGGCAUCUAAACAAUCCUCCAUAACAUAAGCAGAGAUGCAGUUUGGACAUUGUGACUGGCUGUGUGUUUCAUGAUGAUUUAUUUCAGCCUUCUGCGAGCUUGUGUCUUCAACAGAUGUGGAUGCCAUUUUAACUUACCAGGGAUUUCAUGUGCAGACACUUGAAAAGAAGAUAAACGCUGCUUCAGAUUUAAGUAGAAAUAGAUUUGUUUGGGUCUGUUCUUUUCCCCCCACAAUUAACCCUAACCCAAACACUUGGCUUGCUUUUUGACCAAACUAGUUCUGGUCAUUUGUUGUAUAACAAGGCCUGACUUUGCAAUAUUUGUCAAUUUGCCAAGCUUAAAAUGCGCAUCAGUUCAACUGGAUCAAAAUAUAAUUGUGAGUGGUGAUAACUGUGCAAUAGCAAUAGAUGUUACUGUCAUGUCUAGAAGUUGUUUCUAUCUUAUUGUAAAGCCAUGCUUCUGCCCUGUUGGUGCUGCCGGCCCGUCGACAGAGCGAAAACAAGGGGUUGAGUUAUGAGGUAAGCUAUACAGGAAGAUACACAGGACACCUCUUGCUAGUUCAGUUUGGAUAAACAGGUUGAUUUAAUAUGAUCGUUCUGUUACUUCUCGAUUACGGGGAGUCGUUGUGCUGUAAUGUGUGAAAUAUGUUGUAGAUAUUUCUCCGUUCACGAGAGAGUGUUGGAUUGUGGUGCAGAAAACAAGCACUUGAGUUCUUGAGUUUUGAUUGUUUUGUGUGCAGUCAAGUGCUUUGGAAGUUGACCGAUUCCACAGGUUUCGCUUCACGUUUGACUGUAAUCUCCCCAAGUCCACCAUCUUUCCUCAUCCAUCAACAUAUUUUACUUUGUUUUGUUUUUGUUGUCGUCUCGUUCACUCGAUUCUCUGCCUUUGUGCCGCACAUUCGCAAAUACACGCCUGGUUUCUCCUCGUCCGAUUUGCUGAAUCACUGGAAAUCCUCAUGUCAUUGUUCUUGUCUGCUCUGUGACUGGACUCCUGUUGUUGGAGACGCUUCCUGUUUCAAAAAGCGAACAGGGUAAAGACUGCACGUCCCGGACCAGUCUGACCCGGUCUCCGCUUCAGACCGGCUCUGUCUGGUUUGGACGGCUGAGAUCUGUAUCUGUUCAAUGUCCAUUAAGACCUCUGUGCACUCAUGUUGACUUGAAUCAGCUGCAUCCUACGGCUCGGUGGGUUCCUACCCACGUUCGGCCACUGGAAGGCGCCAAUGUCUUAAAUGUGAACACUUCGAUUUGUGUAUAUUUGCACAGGUACUUAAUUAAUUUUCUAGAAUAAUUAUCUUGGGAGAAGAAGAAAAAAAAAUACAUUGUUUAUAUCAGUCAGACUCUGGCUGUAUAUAAAGAUUAUGAUACUGAUGAUAAUAUUGUGAGUAUAGUAUAUACAGUAUCUUAGAACUCCAGGUUAAUUCAUAGCUAGAGCAGAGAGACCCUCUGCUAGCUCUCCAGACGUUUUUAUGUGUGCUGAAGUGAAACACUAACCUGCAAUCCUGCAUGAUUCAGAGCAAGGAUGGAGAAAGAGAGGGAAGACUAAUGUGAAAUAGCAAGAAGGGGCAAAAGCAGAAGAGUUGGAGGGAGAGAGAGUGUGUGUGCGUGUUGUGCAUGUAUGUGUGAAUGUGUGCGUCUGUGUAUUGCACUACUCUGUUGCCCUGCCUCCCUCUCUCUCUCUUUCUCUCUCUCUCUUUCUCUCUCGCUCUAAUGUUUGUGUGAGAGGAUUAUGGUAGACUUUUGCUCUGGCAGCCGUACUUGACCAGGAGUGAAAGUGUGUCGGUAUGAAUGAGCUUUAUAAUGUCCAAGGCAUUAAAAAAAAAAGAGUAUUAGAGAGAGGAUUGCGAGUCGUGUGCUGGAUGCGUUACGUCUGAACGGUAAAUCGCUCCAGUUCAGUGUUGUGCUGUCUGUGACGUAAGCUGUCUGCUAUGACAUCGGGUUUCUCAUGAUGCAUUUAGCUAAUAUGCAAUAUGACAGGAGAGAAGUCAGGUGGACAGACUAUAUAUAUUUAAAUAUGAGAGAGCAAGAGAGAGAGACAGAGAGAUUCAAACCUUGAUGCUGUUUGCAGAAAGUCAUUUUUCCCCAGAGGUGUUUGCACCUUGGGCCAAAUAUAAAAAUGGAAACAAAAGAUCUUGAGAGAAAUAAACUUCACUGAUGUUGGA